UGAUAUUUAGGAACCUCUCUUACCAGCCUUACCCAACUAAACUCCGCCCAGCCCACACUACCCAAUCCCCUUAAAGCAGAGCUUCCCAGGGAGAAGCACACUGAGUGAGCAGAGAAAAUCCUUCAAGGGAACCCAGCCUUGAGGAACUAGCCACUGCUAGGCGUUGUGGCCAUUUGGGCCACUUAACCAUUCAAAAAGAAGAACUUUGCCCCACUCUUGUCAUUCUGAAGGACCGUGAACCCUGAAGUCCUAUAUCUCUCAUCGUACAGGAAGCUGAGUACUUCAUACUCAGUCAGGACCUUGAACCUUAAAUUCGUAAGACUCUAAGGGCUCCAGAAACAAAGACUUCAUAAGACAAAAUCCCUUGAGACCAGAAGCCCACUACCUCUAACAGCAACAUACAGAACCCAUUUUCUUUAACUCGUGGGAGAAGCCAGGAUGGAAAUGUCAGCCACCUCAAAGGACUAUGCCAUGACCACAGAAUAUAACUACGAGGAUGCAACCCCAUGCCAGAAGGGAGAGGUGAGGGACUUUGGGGCCCAGCUGCUGCCUCCUUUGUACUCUCUGGUAUUCAUCACUGGCCUAGUUGGCAACAUCCUGGUAGUCCUGGUCCUCAUGCAAUACAAGAGACUCAAAAGUAUGACCAACAUCUACCUUUUUAACCUGGCCAUUUCUGACCUGCUCUUCCUCCUCACACUGCCUUUCUGGAUUGACUACAAGCUGAAGGAUAACUGGGUAUUUGGUGAUGGCAUGUGUAAGUUCCUCUCAGGGCUUUACUACAUAGGCUUGUACAGCGAGAUCUUUUUCAUCAUCCUGCUGACCCUUGACAGAUACCUGGCCAUCGUCCAUGCCAUAUUCGCCCUGCAAGCCCGGACUGUCAUCUUUGGUAUUGUCACCAGCAUUGCCACCUGGGUCCUGGCCAUCUUGGCUUCCAUCCCAGACUGGCAUUUCUCCAAAACUCAGUGGGAGUUCUCUCAUUAUACCUGCAGUCUUCAUUUCCCCUAUGAAAGCCUAAAAACGUGGAAAAAGUUCCAGGCUCUGAAACUGAACAUCUUGGGACUGGUUUUGCCACUCUUGGUCAUGAUUGUCUGCUACACAGGGAUUUUAAACAUUCUGCUCAGGCGGCCAAGUGAGAAGAAAUCCAAAGCCGUCCGUCUGAUUUUUGUCAUCAUGCUCAUCUUCUUCCUCUUUUGGACCCCCUACAAUCUGUCUAUGCUUGUUCAUGCUUUCCAAGACUCCCUGUUCACCAGGGAGUGUGAGCAGAGCAAGCAGCUGGACCUGGCCUUGCAGGUGACGGAGGUGAUCGCCUACUCGCACUGCUGCAUCAACCCCGUCAUCUACGCCUUCGUCGGUGAGAAGUUCCGCAAGUACCUGCGCCAGCUGUUCCACAGGCUUGUGGCCGUGCGCGUGGCUAAGUGGCUCCCCUUCUUCUCCCCUGGGAGGCUGGAGAGGGCCAGCUCCAUGUCCCCUUCCACAGGGGAGCACGAACUGUCUGCUGGGUUCUGACUCAGGCCCCUGGAGGCAGAUCCAGGACCAAAAAGGAUCACCUGCCAGGCACACUGCCCUGAGAGGAGGCACUGCGGCUCUCCUGGCGGGAUUCUGACCCCCUGCCGUGGCGUGGAAUUGCAGUCCCUUGGGGUUGAGGUCGCUUAAAGGUGGUCUAGAUUAAAUCACUUCCAUCGGCUUGAGUCUUUUCCUUGUCUUUUCCAUAAACUCUUUCCUGGUGGAAAGGAGGUGAGUGAGCCAAAUGGGACAUUCUGAAGACUGGGACAAAGGGUGCCAGAGAAGGGCUUGGGCCCAAAGAGGCUUUCAGAUUUGUGAACGUUAACAUUUGUAAACAAAGUCACUGAACGUCCCCCACACACACACACUACCCCCACCGUCAAUGCACUUGGAAAUAGUGAUUUCCACAGGUAACUCCGUUCUGAGCAUGGAGCCAAUCAGGAGCCAGCAGCCCCCCACCCACCCCACCCCCACAUGCACUGCAGUGUUUAGAUCUUGGAAACCCUGAGCAACACAGAACUCGUGAGGAAGAACAUGAGGCCUAAUGGGAAACAGGAUUGGGCAACUGCUAUUGGCAGUGGAACUAAGAAAACCCUAAUAAGAAUGUUUACAUUCCCUAAAAUCAAACAAUUUAAGUGGUGGCUAGACACAGCCCAUAUGUAUAAUACACUGUAAUUCUUUAAAUAGCCAGAGAGGGGAGGGAGUCAUUAUUCCCAUUUUUGCCAUUCCUUUCCUUCUGAAUAUAUUUAAGGAUCUCCCUUCCCUGUAGGCUGGGUGAUCCGGCAGUGAGCUCCGACGGCUUUAUUUCAGAAACUGCUCGCAGGCUGAAGGAGGAGGCGCUGGUUACCCUCUGCGGGCCCCGCCUCACCCCUCUGGCCCCGUGGGUCGGAGCUCUGGCGGCCGCCUCGGACCCUCAGCAGGAAACCGACCAGUGUGUGAGGCGCCCGUGUUCCGGGCUGGGAAGGAGGAGAACGUCUCCCGGGAAGGGGCAGGGAGUGGGGGGCGGGGGGAGCUCCGCAGGAGCUUGGGGGGGCCCUUAACUCAAAGGGGACUUGUCCCGACCUUCCUUGACCCCUCGUCUCCCAACAAGGGCCUCCUCUGCACCGUGUCUUUCUUCCUUUUUUGCUUGUAUGUAUAUUUCCUUAAAAAUAAUUGUACCAAUUGUUUCUAAAAAAGCUUAAAAAACACGAAGGAAAAAAACAAACAUCGAAACCAUCCAUAAGCCCACUACCCAAAGACAACUAUUGUACAUUCUUUCAAGUACUUUGUUUUAGUUUGUCUUUUUCCUGCGCAUAUUUAUGAUUGUAACAAAGACGGACUUCAACUGUAUCAUUCUUCUGCUAUUGCUGUUUUUAAGUAGUGGUAUGUUGGAAUCGCUUUCCCAGGCCAAUAAAUCAUGUAAAGCAUU